AUGUCGCUCAACGGUCUAGAUGAUCCCAAAGUUAAGGAGGCGCACGAUGCCGCCGUCUCCGAACCAGGUGGAUGGUUUCUUCUCAAGUAUGCGAGUCGUGAUGAAAUCGAUAUAUUAGGCCGUGGUAAUGGCGGCAUCGUCGAGAUUCGGAAUGCUAUAUCAGAAUAUGAGGAGACAUCACCCCUUUACGGCUUCCUCAGGUACCGCCGGAGGAGCGUCAUCAUAAAAUACCUCCCUGAAGGUUGCUCUCGCUUGAUUCAAGCGCGUGUCACUGUGCAUUUCAAUGCUGUGUGUGAGCGAUUCUCCCCCCACGACACCACGUUCUCCAUUACUACCGCGAGCGAGCUUAAAGACACCAAGCUUUCGGCCGCGUGCUCCCUGCAUGCCGCCUCAGGGUCGACAUCCUCCUCAACAAGUUCCCUACGCCGUAGGAGGUUAGUAGAGAUUGCCGAGGAGGAUGAAGAGGAACAACAGCGCGCGACCAAGCGCCAGUCCCUCGGGGAGAUCGACAUGCCGGACGCACCUGCCGCGCCUGCCGACCAACCCUCUGAAGAGACUCAAAAUUCUGCGUCAAACCUAGAACCUCCCGUCGUUCUCAACGCUGAACUCGCAGCAUCACCUGAAAAGGGCAAUUUCACCAAUGCAACAGACCCACCUGAUUUCAUGGGGGCAGCCAGGCCGCCUUCUCCCGCGAAAUCCUUCGAUACCGCCUCUAGAAGGAUGUCGAGCCAGUCAACCCGCCCCGAUUACUACAGCUAUGCCUCUUAUGGUAGGCAAAAAGUAAAGCUUGGUCCUCGACCGUCCUUGGACGUUUCGGGACGACCUCAGACCGCGACUGGGGGCACAUUUAGGCCUGUUUCCACCAUUCCUGCCGGCUUCAAGCUCUUUUCGAAGGGAUCAAAGAAAGGAAAAUCAAAGGAUUCGGCCGAUAACGAUGCUUCCUCUUCGCCCGAGCAGCAGCACGCUGUACCAGAAGUUGCCCUUGACAACUCUAUGGUCCCGAUCCCCGAGCCUCCCGAAUCCCCGGAUGUAGACGAGUUCCGACGCCCGCACACGAGCUCUGGCCCUGGUCGUCCCGCAACGAGUUCUGGGGCGAGCUUCGUCAUGCCCCCCUUCAAACCGACCACACCAGUCAAAGAAAAAAUGACUCCCGAAAAGGCGCGCCUUAUGAAGGCGAUGCAGCUCCGUGAAAAGAAGAAGAAAAUGAGCAUGAUGAUGCCACCUCCUGUCCCAUCGAUCCCGCCCUCGGUCCAGACUCCGCGAGACGAGGAGUUCGAAGCGGAGCAAUUAAGUCCUAAGCCAACACUUCCAGAAGAAGGCGCAGAAGGGAAACUUGAAACGGAGGAGGGUGAUCCGGACGACAAGCUGUCCUUGUCGCAAGCCGACUCCGCCAUCGUCAUGGAGGCCGGUAUGUCUGCGGCUAAUGAUCAGGCCUCUGAGGCUACGCAAAGCGAUUCUCACCCUGCCUCGCCAUUCAUCGCUUCAUCUGAGGCAGCUCAAUCGACAAAGGCGUCGUCUCUCUCUGAAUCUACAGAUGAAACCGUUCAGGCUAGCCAUGAUAAAGAGGAGGAAGAUGACGAUGAGGGAAAUCAUGUCGAUGCUGAAGACUCCAUCAUCAUCUCCAAGGAUGAGCGCGAGGACUCUAGUACCGCUCCUGGAGAAGACAAUACCGAGGCGCCACUCCCCGAGGUCGAGGCUGAGCCCAACAGCGCCGAGAAACCUGAGGGCCCCACUGUUGCCGACGAUCAACUUGCCAACGAUCAUGAGGAUACGAAGCUCGAACCAGCAACCGAGGCUCCUUCCCGGACUCGCGUUAACACUGCCCUGCCCGUCUCCAAAUUUGCUACAGCGAACAACUCUAAUAAUACUCAUCCGGACGAGGUCACCAUUGAAAAGGAUUCGACGGAAGAAGAGAAAGCUGAAGAGGCAGUUGACGUCCGCCAAGAACGGAGAAGGAGUUCACUCAAGAUCCCAAUGUCCAAGUUCUCCACUCACGAUCUAGAAACGGAGGAUAUCCCUCCAGUGCCCGUUCUCUCUAUGCCUGAAGUUGCUGAAGUUUCUGAGCCUCAGGUGACGGAACAGGGACCGGAGGUUAAGGAUGGGACCCAGCUGCAGGAAACCAAGGACCAAGAUAGGACGUCUGUUCAUAGCAGGCUCUCUAGGAAGACUGCCACUCUAGACCCUAUCAAGACGGACUUGGCCACCUCCAAUAGGGGCUCCCAUGACCUGUCGGAUGACGACGAGCUACUCAAUGAGCUGCAGAGUGCGACGGUACAAGAAGCCAAGCCUAUUACGGUCUCGAAAUCCCCCCUCACUCCAAUCUUUCCUGCUGUGUUCGGUAGAGAUGGAGCUCCCCCAGGUGUGAGGACGGUCUCGCAGCCUAACGCGCUGAGAGGCUCGUCUCAUCUCAGUCCCAAGGACCUGCCUCCUCCUCCUCCUUCGGCUAGGUCCAUAUCUUCUGGAGCCGCGUUUCUACAGAAGAUUACUCAACAGCAAGCACAGGCUAGUAGUCUCGCGCCCAAGAAGACCAACAUUGGCUCCAGCAUUUCCCAGCGUAUCAAGGCGUUGGAGAAGCUGUCUGGAGGAGGCGGUGCUGCUCCUGCCCUGGAACCAAUCGAGCCCCGUCGCCCGAAGACACCUUCGGCGAAUUUCUUCUCUGUUCGGAAGUCUACCGUUCGAGAGCCAUCACGAUCUCCCUCCGUAGCCGAACGCGCCACUUCAUUCGCGAAGGGCAGCCCGCCACCCGGCACCAAGGAAUCCUCACCAGAGUCCUCAAGGCAGCGAUCCCGUGAGCGCUCUGCCUCACUAGCGAAUAGGCUGACGAUGUUCGAGUCCGGAGGUGCUCCUCCGCCUCUGCCCCAGUCUCGAGGACGAACCGAAUCGAUCCAAGUCAAGGCUAGGAUCGUACGAGAUCCGUCUCUGCCUGUGGGUGCCAUGCCAGACCACAAGGAUCCCGCAGAGUAUGCGCCCCUGGAGCUGAAACAAUCACCUCUCAUUGUCGAUCACAAGAAGGCGGAGCCCGAGUUGCCAAUGCGAGCCGCUAACCCCGUACCUAUUGCAGCUCCGAAAGAGACUAUCCAAGAGAGGCGGAUGUCGAAGGAGAAGCGGCGAUCGGAAUCCAACGAUCGGAGUGGCGAGGCUGAACAGCCUACUAAGGCUAGGCGAUCCUCCCUGAGCAUCGUUAAAGACUUCAUCAAGGAGCGCCGCAAGUCCCUCACCUCUCCUUCGGUGGAUAACCUGAUGGCGCCAACUCCUUCCACCCCAUCGCGCUCGCCUUCGAGGCCACCCUCUGUACACCAGAACUCGUCGUUUCCGCGACGCCUCUCCAUUAGCAGCCGGCGAUCGUCUGUGAGUAAGGACCCCGGCACGGCUGGAACGCUUUCGCCCUCUGCCUUUACCGAAACGAGCGGCUCGGGCGACGAGUCCAAGUCCGGGACUAGCGAGAAGAAGUCCAAGAGUCGGGCCGGCCGCUUCAUGAGGCGUCUAUCCUCCUCGCUCCACGGAAGCCGUGGUAAGAACACGCCCACGGGUAUUUCGCCUACUCUGCACGAGGAGGUGUCCGCCGAGGCCAUCAACACUCGGCCGCCCCAACCGAAGGAGAAUACCGGACCGACCAUUGUCGCGUACAUGGGUGAUGUCAACGUGCAGUUCCCCGAUAACCUUCUCUGGAAGCGUCGCAGCAUGUGUCUCGACUCCCAGGGUUUCUUAAUCCUCAGUACCACUGGCGCCACCGCAGCACCGAUGGAUAAGCAGCCAUCGGGUGUUGGUGUCAAGAGGUACCACCUCUCCGAAUUCCGAGUUCCUUACCCGCCCGAGAUGGAGGUGCAGGAACUGCCCAACAGUGUUGUUCUUGACUUUAUAGAGGGCUCGGGACUCCAGGUUGCCUGCGAGGACCGGGCCGGCCAGAUGCACGUCCUUCAGAUUCUGGUUGAUGCCCACAAGAACCACUCGUCCUUCGGUCAAUAA